AUGCCGAGGACGAGGAGCUGUUAUGAAAAUCAAAAUGAGUUUGAUUUUGAAUAGGUGUACUCUUGUCAUUGUCUCUGUAUACUGAAUAAAGUAGUGACAUUUUUUUUUCGAAUCUUCAACCAAGUGUUGAUGGUUGUUGACAUUGAAGUUGAUAGUUCAACUAUGGGUAACCACGUCUACUGUUCUGGUGACGUAGUAGAUUCAGAAGAUUCUUCGAGGUCUAAAAAGAGAAGAUGAUGGAGAGGAAUGAUCUGAAAGGCUCACGAGCGGACCUGCAAGGUUCUAGGGCCCUACUUCCUUCCGGUUCCGCGUGCGUCAGCGACGAAAAGGAGGGCGGACUCAUGGAAAAGAACUUGCUGCAGGG